GUCUACCAAGGUUUUUCGAACACCUUGCAGACUGAAAGGUAUAGUCACAAAUAACAUCUAUGAUGGACUAUUCAAGAUUGCGCUGUUGCGAGUUACAUCUUUCCUCUUGACCUGACUUGCCCUCACAUCUUUGCAGAAGUUAGCUAUAGAAAAUGGUGAAUUAUGUAUAGUUUAAGUCAACAGUUGCACUUUUUAAAAUGAGGCUUCAUCAAGUCUUAACAGGCGCUGCAAAUGUUGCAGACGAUUCUGUGGCCGUAGCUCAUGGAACUGUGACUGGUUUCCCUUUCACGGUGUAUGGGUCUGGUUAUGAAGUUGUUAUCUUGGACAGCCAUUUCAAUAGGCUUCAAAUUAUUUCCAACCAGGAGGUAUCAAUCACAAGUAUUGUUAAAUGCAUUGCAUGCUCUAGUGAUGAUGGCAAGGUGGCUGUUUCAUUUGGAAAAAAGGUGGUGCUCUACCAACCAUUUUCAGUUACGAAAAAUUCUGAAACUAAAUUGCCGUUUCAGUGGAAGAAGAUGUCUAUACUCAGUUUUGAAAGUAAAGUAGAAAAACUAUGUUGGGACCAGGAUGCAAAACGAUUGCUUGUUGGAAGUGACAGCCUACACAUAUGGAGGCAAGAAUCAUCUUUUACCCUUGGAGAAGGAGAUGAUGAGCUUUCUCUCAAAUGGACAUGUGUGUGGAAAAGAAAACUUGCAACUCCAACAAAAAAUUUGGAAUUUUCCCCUGACGGUCAUUACUUCGCAAGUGCUGGUCAAAAAGACUGCAUGGUAAAAAUUUGGUUCAGAGCACCGCGAGUUGAAUUUGAUCUUGUCAGUCCUUCCACAGACAGUCCUCAAAAUGUAGAAGCCUACAAUUUUAUUUACAUUUUGCAUCCAACUACCGUUCAAAGCUUUUCUUGGAGGAAAACAAGCAAACACAUGCCCCUUUGUUCUGUACCAAAUGUUUUGUUGACGUGUUGUGCAGAUAAUGUUUGUCGCAUUUGGUCAGAAACAGUGAAAUAUAAGCCAUCUCAUCAUGAUAAGCAACAACAGUCUGCCACAACGAAAUCACGCACUGAGUCAGACAUAAAACACAAAACAGAUGGUCAGGUUAAAGCUGAGGAAAAACUCAACAUUUUACAGCGAUAUCAUUUAGUUAGCAUGUUUCAUUUCCACUUGGCUGCAGUUAUAAAUCCUAGCUCAGACAUUGCGCUUUUGUCUAUGAUUCCUACAUCUUCGAUUUUUGGAAGAAGCUUUCAGUUACAGUGGUUAAACAACAAGGAAGUGCAACUGACAACGGCCGUGGAGGCUAUUUAUGCAUCCCUUCGUAAAAUUACUGCAAACAAUUCAACUGAUGAUGUGACUAAUGAAACAGAUCCAUUUUUGCAUGUUGAUGAAUUAGAUGGUGAAAUAGGAUACAACGAAGAAGUAGACGACAACAAUGAAAAAACUUUAGAUAGAACAUUUGAUGAAGAGGAUGCUGAUGCAGCAAAAGCGAUUAAUACAAAACCUGAGCCUUCCCAAUCUUUAUCUAUGACUGCUGUUCUUGAGGAGAAAAAAGAGGAAGCAUCUAAGCAUACAAGUCAGUUUGCAGGUAGAGGACAGAUAAACAACCUACUGCAUGAUUGGUGUUCUUCAAGCGAUACUCUGUACUGCAUUCACCCUGCUGAUGGUUCACUUUUAAUUUGGGUGAUUGAUUACUUGGAUGAUUUCACUAGCGCAUACUAUAGGCAGGUUCAAGUUAGCUUCGCAUCAAGGAUUCCAGCAACUUUUUCAAAAGCUGAUGCAAGCUCUUUGUGUUGGACACACACAUAUCAUUACACGCAAUCUGUUCUCAGCACAAUGUAUCCCCUGGCUGGUCUUAGCGAUUCAAUUUCAAGGAGUAAAAGUUCUGAUGGUAUGAAAAAUAAUCUGUUUUCCAGCAACAGAAAUGUAAAGAGUGAGCUAUCUGUCCUGCAAGUAUCGUAUUUAGUUUCAGCACAUGCCAAUGGUAGUUUGAAUUUAUGGUUAGUUACAUUUUCAGACAGUGGUUCGUUUACUGGUAUAGCCAGCAUAACUCAUAUUACAAGAAGUUGCGGCCCCCGCUUUGAAACAACUCAAAUUGUAAGUCAUCCAAUCCUACCACUAAUAAUUGGGACAUCUCAGCAAACCCAUGGCUCAGAUUCUCAAAGUGUUGCAAAUAUUCAAUCUGAGUUGAUUCUCUGGCAUGCUAGUCAUGUCAGUCCUCUAUCAGAAUUUAAAGGCAUAACUGAAAUGGCACGCAUAUCAUCACCAAACCCUUCCCAGUUUAUUUCCAUAUCCUGGGUUCCUGUUUUAUACCAUCAUUCCUUAUUGUCCAUAGCCAGUGACUCGGUAGAACUUUUACCAGAUGCACCUUGUGCGUGUUUUGUAGCUGCUUCAGAAUGUGGCUUAGAGUUGUAUCAAAUAUUAUUGGAUGCAAAAAGUUUGCUGUCGAAUCUUUCUGUUCAAAGAAUUACUCCUCUUCAAAAUGAUGUGCAAUCACUUUCUGAAUAUAUAAACAGUGAACAAUCAGGUUCUCAUUCAGCGUGUAUCAUGAAACUAUGCAUGCUGGAAGAGUCUGAACAUCUUAAGAACAUCAAGUUCUUACAUGUUUACAACAAGAAAUCGUUGCUGAACAAAAAUAUAAGUGGCCAAAAUGGGCACACCACCAAUAGUCACCUACAUGAAGGUGGGUCGUUUUAUAUCGUUGUAAUAAAUGAAGAGAUUGGAGAGCAACGUUUGUAUGUUUGGUGCAUUAAUGUAACCUUUGAUGGAAGGUUUAGUGUAAAUGCCAAUAUUCAAAGUCCGAAAUCAGUAAACAGUGACACUUCCAUAACUUCACCAAUGUCACCAAAACCAUUAGUGGUUAGUCAUUGUUUACAGCAAAAGUUUAUGUAUGAUGAACGGUUAUGUGAUUUGUUAGUAUCUAAAUUUGCCUCUUCUGCUGAUAUACAUUGUUCGACUAAUUUAAACUCUUCCUGUCCUGUGCAGUACAAUUUUGUCGGUACUAUGCCUGAUGGUCAUAUAAGAUUUUGGGAUCUGACUCUUACUAGAGACGAAGACAUUAUGGUUAGGGAGUUUAGUGGAAUGAAAAAUGAAGACGUUGUUUUCUCAGGGGAAAUAAUGUGCAUUGCAUGUGCAGGAGCGAAUCGUUUUGGUUGUAUUACUAAAGCCAAAGGUGACACUGGGAAAUCAAUUUAUCAUCUUCACAUCAAAGAAUGUGAAUCUUCAGGUGAACUUGUCUGGAACACUGAAGCUACUGUUUUAGUAUCAGAAGAUUGUUCUGAUAAUUUUGAACACACAGUACAGUUGUCAUGGUUAUCUAUGGGAAAUGGUUCUUACCUCAUAUCAGUGGCACUUAGCAAUGCUGUGUUUAUAUACAGUAAAAAACGUGUGCAAAGUUCUGGAAAAUAUACAUGUCAGUGGGAAAUAUUGAAGAAAAUUGAAGUAAACAGUGGAAAAAGCAUGCUUAGGUUGACAAUUACCUCAUGGACAAGUGGUGGUUUUUUUCUAAUAGGAGUUGAAAAUGAGGUCCAAGUGUACUCACAAUGGGAUAAUAAUUGUGAAGUGAAAUUUAAAAGGACACCAUCGACCAGUGUGCUAAGUGAAAUGGAAAACGCUGAUGCUGGGGUUAUUUUAACUCAGAACUCAUUUACGGUUGCCUGCAAUGGAAUGAAAAACCUGCCACAGUACCACCCACAUCACCUGCUUGAACUUUUAAACUUGGGCAAAAUGAGGAGAGUGAGAGCCAUAUUAAGACAUCUGGUUCGUUGUGUAGCUGGUAUUACAGCGGCCGAUGCAGCAGCCGAAUCAGGUGAUGUUAUAGCCCAACAGCAAUCUCGAACGCGUGCAAGAACACUUACCAAAACCCAUAGCAACUUAUCCGAAUAUUCUGCAAGUCCAACAGAGGUAUACUUCGAAGAAAUUAACGAUUCAGGGCCUGACAUAGAUGUAGUUCCUCCAUUAAAACUAACAACAUUACUUGCAGCUGAUAAAGAUGAAAGUGGAAUAAAGUACAGUGAACUUAGUCAAGAAAAUGCUGCUAAUGAUAAAGCUACAGGAAUGGCGAAUAGUGCUGUUUACUAUGGCCUUGCUCAAGCACACUUGUUGACAGCCAAUCUGUCUAGAAAAGAACUGCCUGGCUUGACAAGUCAAGAACAGAUGUACCUGUUAACACUAUCUGAUACGAUUGCUUCUACAAAGUUCGAGUUAGAAAGAACUGUGGAUGACACAGAUGUGAGGCCUAAAUUUUCCCAGCAAGAAAGUUUAGACACAGGGUUUUCCGCACUAAGUGGUGGCGGAGGUGGUUAUGCGACUACAGGUGCCACUGGUGUUGGUUCUUUUGGUAGUGAAUUGAUAGAUGAUUGUGGCUUGCGAUUUUUGCUGUCUGUUCGACACCAUAUGGCAUUAAUGAAAUCGCUUUCACAAAGAUUACAAGCUGCAAUGAAGGAAAAGGGUAUGAUGUCAUCAGAAUUUUGUUGGGCAUUCCACUCAGAUUGCAAGGAGGAAUUGUUGGCAAUGAUCCCUGGUAUGUCUCGAAACGAGCCUACGUGGGCAGAGUUAAGAGCGCAUGGCAUUGGCUGGUGGGUUAGAAGUAAUGAUCUCCUUCGUAGAACUAUUGAAAAGGUUGCGAAGACUCAUUUCCAGUUAAAGAAAGAUCCAAUAGACUGCGCUAUUUUUUACUUGGCCAUGAAAAAGAAGACUCUCCUCUGCGCCCUUUACAGGUCAAUGCGAGAUGCAAAAAUGUCAGCAUUUUUUAGCAAUGACUUCACACAAGAAAGAUGGCGAAAGGCAGCAUUAAAAAACGCCUACGCACUGCUUGGUAAGCAAAGAUUUGUGCACGCAGCUGCUUUCUUCUUGCUUGCAAAUGCAUUAUGGGAUGCUGUAGAGGUCUGCGUAAAUCGUUUAGGAGAUAUUCAGCUGGCGCUAGUCAUAUCUAGGUUACAUGAGAGCAACACAGAAGUCCAUAAUAAAAUUUUAAGACAGUAUGUUUUGGAUAAGCAAUUUCAAAGAAGAGACCCCUUUCUUGGAAGCAUGGCGCACUGGAUUCUUAAAGAAUACAGUGAAUCGCUGGAGAUACUUCUUGUGCCAGUUAAAACAGAUGAGGAGCAUAAACAGAGUGGUGCUGACUACCCUGCGAUAUUCAAUUUCUACCACUAUCUGCGGUACCACCCACUUCUCAUACGACGUCACUACACACAACACAAAGGUAUUCAAAUCGCAGACGGGUUAGUCCAAAGUAAGAACCAUAUUGAGGAUCUUCACAUGCUGGAACGGAAGCUCUAUUUCCGUACAGCUAGUUCUCAUUUAAACUCUGGUUUACCUGACAUUGCCCUUGAGGUGAUCCUUAUGUUACCGAAAUACGGGGAAGGGAAUGAGGCAUUAACAUCCGCGGAGGAUGUGAACAAGGAGAAGAAGCAGACUGAAGAUAUGAUCAUCACUGGGACGUUUUCUGAUUUUAAAAACGACAACGUAACUCGUCUUACCAACGGCUAUGACGAACGUUUAAAUGGUUAUUUAGUUGGUAGCUCUUCACUUAGCGUUGGUGGUAGCUCUGCGGUAGACUUAAACUUUACCACCAAUCGAUUUGCAGACUUAGAUGAAGAGUAUAAGAUCGGCAUUGGACUUAGCGACGACAGCGACAGUGACGAAUCAGAAAAAAAGGAAGAUGUGGAAAACAAGGAGGACAUUGCAGAGCUCUCGAAGGCAGCUACAACAAUAGAUAACGUCGAAAAGGGCGGACCUCGUGUUAAAGACGACAUGUUUGAUAUAGUUGCACUAAAUCUGAAAUACACAUGCAUCAUACGUUGUUUAAUUGACGAACUCAUAGCGCUGCCAGCGAUGUGUUUACAACACAAUUUAAAACUGCGAACUUCGUUGAACUCUUUGCUGGAAGAGGAGCUGAAUUUUCUGCAUAAUUACUGCGAUUAUGGACAUAAUGACAAUAACGAUGAUAAAACCCGCUUUAAUAUUUCUCUGAUACAACAGCAAAUGGAAGAUAUGAAGAAAAUGCAACGGUCUGCUUCAAUUGUAAGCCAAACCUCUUUCGACUCUGAAGGCUUGUCGCUCGGCGAGAAAGUUGAGAAAGUUGCUCUCCAUUCUGAAUGGUUGAAACGAAACCAGCAAAUAUUGACGUGUUUGUACGAACAUUGUUCAAUGGUGGGCACAGGAGAUGCAGAAAUCCCCGCUAUCUGUUUGGAGCUUCUACUGCUGCUUCAUGAGAUCGAAGACCACCGGGUGUUAUCAUCACCAUUGACAUCUAUUUCUGCCGGACCAAGUGUCCCACCUCUUCUACUGGCAUCAAUGGCUUCCUUCUCCCUCGUUGCAAGCCCAACUGCAUUCUUGCAGUCCAUGACGCACGAUCUGCUGCAAACUGUGAUCGAUUUACCAUCUCUACCCACGCCGAAAACUCCUGUCACCAGACUAGCUGAUUUAGAAAACCUGUUGUGUUCGUUGUCUUCUUGCGUAUACCACAGCCUUUGUGGUGGAGAAGAUGAUAAACUACUGGCCAGUGUCAGACGAGGUGAAACACAGCUUGUUGGAAAACAAUUGAAAGAUGGGAAAUUAGUACGACUCCCAUACGGGUGUGUAGACGUUGAUCUUGAUGCUACCUCGUCGCCUUCUCAGUGGCCUGGUGUGAAGUUCUUUCUCUCCAUCCUCACUGCAAGCAACAAAGACGGCUCACAUAACAUCAAGUUGCUUCUCUGCGAAGCAGCCGUCGGUGUUUAUUUAGGCCUUUUGGUUAGCUCCUGUUCAAGGUUGGCCUGCAAUAACCUAUAUCGUCUUGUGCAAAACAACUUAACGGAGGAUAUGUGGAGCUUAGUUUUUGGAGGUGGUACGAAGAUUGUUGUACCAGCUCCAGACAGUGUUGAUAAGGCACCUCAAAAGGAACUUUCUCCGAAGGCUGACCGCAAGCACGAUACAGCUCGGAUGAAAUGGAAUUAUAAACUGCUGGGUAAGAAAGCUCCAUCGGUGCAGCACGCUGAUGAAAGUAGAAAGUUAAUGCGACACGAGGUGUUUAUUCAGCCUCGGAUGUCUUUGUCGGAUUAUUUUCUGAGAAAGCCGUCAUCAAGCACUAUAUUUAAGUACGAUUCGGAAGAAGAAGAAAGCGACGAGGAGGGGGAGAGCGAGACGCUAGAUUUGGAAGACACUACGAUUGAGGACGACGGUUUCGUCGACGAAUCUCACAUUCAAAGACAGGAGGAGGAGAACAGAAAGAAGAAAGUAAAGUUGACCGAGCAUUUCAACAGUUCUUCGUACCCGUGGUUGAUCAUGCAGUUGUCGCUGGUUAAAAUAGCUUCUGUGAAUAUAAAUUUGUUUCUUUCUACCGCUGGGUUAGAUAUAUCUGACCUUCCGACGCAGUCACCACAGUUAUACAAUGCUACCAAGAUCUUGUUGCGAUGGGAACAACUGCUCACUGCUAUUUUGGAGACUUAUCCUGAACGUAGUGAAAGUUUGAUCGAGUACGUACCUUCGAUUACAGAAGAUGGUGUCAUGAGAGGCGGCGCGACGUUGCAGAAGAUGAAGAUAUUGUUGGACUCAGAGUAUACUCCCUUUAGCAGUCGCAAUGGCAAAGCCAAACCAGCGAAACGAUUAUGGCACACGCUGGUUCAACAAGACUCGCUUCGACAAUUCUUUUUGCACUACGCCUUCAAAUCAACACAACGCGUGGGUCAUGACGAGACAGACUAUGAUAUCAUUUCUGCACGAAUUCUUCACAAAGACCCCGAACCUGUGACCAGUUUCUGUUUAAACAAGUCCAACUUGAACUACAUGGCUGUGUCAACGACUCACGAAAUCAUAGAAUACGAGAUUGCUGGUUCGUUAGAUGUUGAUAUGUUUUCAUUGGAUGAAAUGUCUACGGUUUAUGACAAUGACAACAGUGAGAACAAAUGUGGUAAAGCGUCUACUGUAACUGUCAUACAACGUCGUCCCUGCUCGGGCAUUCGAAGGAUGGAUUCACACUCAAACUUGCCAUAUUAUGUGACUGGAGGCUCAGACGGUAGCGUGCGUAUGUUCGAGUUCGUUCACCCUGAUCAAAUUGCACAAUUUCGUGGUUCAGGUCAGAACGAGCGCGUCAAUAAGAUACAAUUCAAUCCACUCGGAAAUAAGUUCGCUGUUGUGGAUGACAGUGGUUAUUUGUCCAUGUGGUUGGUGGCCAACACGCAAGAUACAGCCCCUUAUUUGACACUAAAGUGUCAUUCGAAGUACUGUUUGGAUUUUGCAUACCUUGGAUCUUCAAGUUUGAUUGCCACUGUUGGUUUUACUAAUGAUAAGAGGAAUAUAUGUGUGUGGGACACGUUACUACCUUCCAAGAAAGCUCUGGUGCACAGUUUUUCACAUAAUGUAAAUGGAGCCCAGAGUCUUUGUUAUGUACCUGGGCAGCACUGUUUAAUAUCUGGUGGUAAAAGAGGCGACAUCUGUAUUUUCGAUAUUCGACAACGAAAACUAUUGCACACAUUCGAAGCUCACGAUACGAUUAUUAAAACGAUCACGUUAGAUCCCUCUGAGAAAUAUUUCGUCACCGGUUCCGUGGACGGAGAUGUGAAGGUGUGGGGACUGGCUGUUCAUGAACUGUGCGAGUCUUUUCCAAAAGAGCAUGCGAAGGCGACAGUGUCACUGCGUCAGGUCAGUCCUGGCGUGCAGUGCUUGCUGGUUCUCACCAGUGGACAGCUACUCUCCUGCGGAGGAGACGGAAUGCUGAAGUGUAGAAUGUUGCAAAAUACUCAAUCGUGGAAGACGUGAUGAAACAAAUUACUAUGUGGUGGAGACACGUUAAAAUAAGAAAUAUUCCACUUUAUUUCAUUUUUAAUAAAUGGAUAAAGUGGAUGGAUGAAUGAAUAAACAAUUUAGUUGUGUUAUUUCGUGUGCAUAUGAAUGACGUCACAUGAAUAACUAGUUUUACUUUUAAAAACAUCUUAUAAUUUCAUUUUCAGUAAUUUUAAACUCGAUAUAAAGUGCUUUUUUAAACUACGUAUUGGAAUAUUAUAAGGUCAUUGGCCUAGCCCGCUAUCGACGUCCUUAGCAAUAGAUGUUUUGUUUGACCUAAAGGAUACUAAAAUGCAUAUAAACAAGACUGCACGUAGUCUGAAUGUGUAUGUCUUGCAAAUAUAUUUAAUUUCAAAUUAUGUCGGCUAGUAUCUGAAAUUGAUCGUUUAUUAGUAUGAAUCAAAUUUUUUGUGUCGUCACAUCACAUUUGUGUGUCGCAAUAAUGUAAAUAAUUAUUUUUUAUAUGUUAUAUUGUUUGUUCUUUUUCGAGA